GAAAAGUCACAUCGGACAAUAAUAGCUCACAAAAAACACGAAAAAAGUCCAUUUUUUACCACUUGACUCGACAAAUUGACGCGAAAAACAUCAAAAAAUGCAUAAAAAGCUAAAAAAUCAAAAAAUUAUGUGAAAAUAAAUAAGAAAAAAAGCAGAAAUGUGAUGAUGAAGUGCAAAAAAAUUAAAAUCUAAAAAAUUUGUGUUUAUAAUUUUCUCAUUUCAACAAAAAAUAAAAAAAAAAAUAAAUUCAAGAUAAAAAUAAAAGGUUGGCGUUGCAAUAACGAUAAGCAGAGAAGAAUUAAUGAGAAAAAAUGAUAAAAAUAUCAUCAAGAAAUAAUUGUCGACAAAAGCGACAAAAAAUCUUGUGUUAAAUAUUUUUUGUACGCGAUUUCUUCGGUUAAUUGCCAGCAGAAAGAAAAAAAACAACGAGAGAGAGAGUGAAAUGAGUCCAUAAAUAAAUAAAUAAAUUACGGAAAAUCGAAUGUCUCAAAUACUUAAUUACAACAUCAUCUCUCUCUAUUUCUUACACUUCUAAUAUAAUUAUUAUAUUAUGGCAUUUCGACUCAAUUUAGUUGGUGUUUGUACGAUAUCAGUUAUUUUUAUAUUGUCGUUGCUGGCAAGUUAUCGCUUCACCUCGACGAGUUUUACGACGGAGUAUUUUAGACCGCGCGAAGGCGCAGCUCUCUUGAGAAAUACCAAAAAUUACAAGUCAUACAACAAUUACUACAAGCAUCGGUAUCAGGAUGGGGGCGGGGGCGCAAAUGGCUUUAUGGCGCCGGAAAAUGCGACAAUACUGAUCGAGGACAUUCUAAACUACCAAAGGGAGAAGGUGACUGAGGAGAUGCUGUAUUUCGAGUAUCCCGAUGGCAAGCAUGGCGUGCGCGCACGCAAAUUGAGUGACUUAACGCCCGAAUUGGGCGGCAAACCGAUGCGCAGCAUCAUUUUUACGACAUGGCGCUCCGGGUCGACAUUCCUCGGUGAUAUUUUGAAUGCGAUGCCGGGCAACUUUUAUCACUACGAGCCUUUGUUGCACUACGAAAUUGUGCAGAUUCGCGGAGCGCCGUACGCGGGCAAGGCUCUCGAGCAUUUGCGCAAGUUGCUGACGUGCAAUUACACGGAUAUGGAGGAUUAUCUGAAUUAUGGGAAGGAGCACAACAACUUGUUUACACACAAUACGCGACUUUGGAAGCAUUGUCGACUUUUUACAAAUUACUGUUUUAUACCGAAAUUUUUGGAGCCUUUUUGCAAAUUGUUCCCCUUGCAAAGUAUGAAAGUUGUGCGACUUCGUGCCGCAUUGGCGCAAGUGCUUUUGGACGAUCCAACGCUGAAUGUGAGGAUAAUUUUGCUGAUUCGCGAUCCACGAGGCACGAUGCAAUCGCGACGGCAUCGGGAUUGGUGUCCCGGGCAACCAGACUGUGAUCAUGUGCCGACUGUGUGCGCCGAUAUGGUAGCGGAUUAUCAUGCGGCGCGAAAUCUCACCCGAUUGUAUCCCGAUCGCUUUCACGUGAUCCGCUACGAAGACUUGUCACUCAAUCCGUACGACAUGACAAACCGCAUUUUGGCGUUCUACGGCCUGCCCAUGGACGAACAAGUGCAGGAUUUUCUCGAUUCGCACACGAAACUCAAUAUCGGGGGUGUCAGUUCGACAUUUCGCGACUCAAAGUCGGCACCCUUCCAUUGGACCAAAGAACUCGACUUUGACGAUGUCGCCCAAAUUCAGGAUCAGUGCACCGAAGCCAUGAAAUUAUGGGGCUACAAACCCGUAAACGACCCCGAUGAGCUCCAUAACAACUUCAAUCCGCUACUCGACUUCAAACUUAGCGCCGCGCCAACGAAAUCCUCCUGAAAAGUCAUCUAAAUAUCACUCGCACAAAAAAAAAUAAAUAAAUAAUUAAUUAAUCACGAAAAAAGAGAUAAAAAGCUUUAGAUUACCACAAAUUCACUGACAAAAAAAAAAUGACACAAAAAAAAAUAGAAAUUGAGGCGAACGAAUGUUAUGUAUUGAUUAUUAUGACUACCUAUAGAUCGAUUGUUGAUAAUGUUAAUAGAAAAUGGAUAUAUAUGUUAUUUAAAAAGUUUAUUACUCAAAUAUUACCCUGCAAGCUGGUCGGUGAUUUAAAAUGACAUUUAUUGUAAUUUAAUAAUUUUAG